AUGAAGCGACAUUCUUCUCGCCCAAUUGAUGACAGCCAGCCCAUCGCAUUUGCAAAAAAGCAUAGAUUCAAGGAUACCCUUGCACUAUUUAUUGUCUUUUUGAGUUUCAAUCAUUUUGCAUCACUAUGUUUAUUGACAUCGUUCGUUAUUGCCACUAGGUUCCGCAACUUUCUGACAAACUCUUUCAUUGCAUUAUUUCUAUCCAAAAAGCCAUCACCGCCGAUGGCUGAAGUAUCACAUGUUGAUGAUAACAUAGAUGUGAGGUAUCCGGUUAAUGGGAAUGACAAGAAGCAGUCAAAACUGCCCAGCUGGCGGGUAAAACACAGCUUGUCAUUGCCAUUGUUGAUAAGUGAGAUAUUGGUAGCCACAAUUUUGAAAUUAUACGGUGAAAAUUAUUUUUUGAAGCCUAUUGAGAACCUAGCAUUGUCAAUAUUGGCAUCUUCGAUGAUUAACGAUCCUAAAGACUGUCUAAGCUAUGCCACGUCAUGCUCUGUGCUUUAUGCUAUGGCUUUGCACGUCUACCAAAAAGUCGGUAUCAUCCAGCGUUUUGGCGGAUCUUCUACGCCAUCUGAUCUCGGUAUUACUUUCCCCACUUCACUGUUUAAACCUUCUAUGCCACAAGACAAGGGCGCAGCGGACACAGGCUCCUUUGUGCAGUGCCAAGUAAUGUCGUGGCUCAGCAGAUAUGGACGACAUUUACUUUACUAUGUUUCCUUCCAUGUUGUUGUCUUUCAGUUUAGUCAAAGCACACUGAGCCAACACUACGAUGACGAUAAACAGAAAAGCUGCAAGAAGUCCGUUUCCCUUAAGAGCGAACCAAAUAAAGGUUCAGGGCAGAGAGUUUCAUCCUUAUGCACAGCGAAAAAUGCUUCGGAAAAUCCUAAUGUUAAUAGUGCGCUACAACACCAGCAGCAAACCUUUGCUGAAAGGCUAGGCUCUAAUUCGACAAGCCAAGACUCGAAUAGUUCGAUGGCUUUUCCAAACGGUUUUCUAAACUACGCUAAGAAGAGCAACAAAGGCAAGCAAAGAUUGCCAUAUUUUACUGGUGUGGUGAGCCAAUACGAAGCCUUCGAGGCCUCUUUAAGGUAUGAAAGCCAGGAUAAUUCCCAGACCAUGGCUACAAAUGUCACAAUACCUUCCCCGACAAACUCCCAAGGAUCUGAUAAGGUAGAGAAUAUCUAUACUAACCAAUUUUACGAUGUUAAAGUUGAAUUUGGAGCAAACAGGGAAACCCGCAAUCUGAAAUUAGAUGUCACUGUUACGAGUAACUUGGAGAACUUUAUCCGUCAUCUUUUCAAGAGAAAAAAUCAGCAUUUGAUCCCACCUUUAUGGUCAAUCGUCGUCACUUUGAAGACGACUAACUUCGAGAAAAGAUACUUAAAAGAAAGCAAAGAAGUGACUUUGACGCCGUCUAAUUCUGGGGUGGCAUCAGAAAAUGACAGCUCAGAUGGUAGUAUAACCCCCACAGCUUCUAACAGCAAUAUAUGUGAUGAACAAGCAUCAGAGAGUGUUUUCAACAAGCUUCAAUCUUCAAAAACAAUGGCUCUAAUCGCUCAAACCGCAUUUGACGAUUACGCUCAAUUGCACAUCGUGGCAACUAAUGACAAUAUCUUCAAAAAAGAUGACAAGGAUUACAAAGUUUGCAUUGUUGAGAUUGCUAGCAACUCGAUUACCUUUCAUAUUGAAAAUCUUCAUGAAGGGGAACUUAUCGUGCUAGUGAACGGCGUCAUAUGGUCCGAGGUUUCGUGUGCUCUCAUACUAGAGCAUGAGGGGGAAGAACUGGUUGUUGUUGGCGGCUUAGUACCUUCCUGUCCUUAUGAUAUUCAGUUUAUCAAUAGGCUUCGUCAAAUGGAGGAUUAUUUGAUCUCAGACUUGAUGGUUAGAACAGUGGGCGUAAAAGAUGCGACGGAAAAGUUCGAAGCGAUUGAUUUCAGCUUCCCAUCCUACUACCACAGAAAAUUUUUAUCACCUCUGCUCACUUUAAAGCAUUCCGUUUUGACUACCAACACUAACUUAGCUGAAGGCCGUGUCAAAUUGAAAAAGACGAAGAAAGAAGUCAGCAAGAAAUUGAAUGGACUCAGGCAGGACAUUGACCAUUAUAAGAGCAAGAUAUCCCAGAACGCGACUAACGAUGAGAAGAAUGCUUCAAAAGUGGAGAGCUUAAAGACAGCUCACCAACAGACCGAGGCUACGUUAUGUAAACUGGAGGAUCAUUUGCAAAGGCUUACAAAUGAAGAAUUCAAGCUUGAGGAAGAGUAUUUGACACAAAAGGAUACUCAUUUAAGGAGACAGAUGGAGUAUAGUAAGCUCCAAGAGUCGUUUGAUAACACUUUGAAAGAGGCCGAACUGAAACGCUCCAAACUAGAGCAAGAACUUAACCAGCUAAACAGCAAAAAGGAGAAGCUGUUCGCUAAGCGAGAGCGGCUGCAAAGAGAAGUCAAUCAAAACACAGUAGAGUUUGAGAAUUUGAAAUCUCAGUUCGUGUCCAAAAGAGAGAAGGAUAGAGUGAGAAGAAGCGAACUCAGAGCUCGCGAGGCCAACGAGCUCGAAAUGGUUAUAAAGGGUUUAGAGCAAGACAUCAGCCGCCUCGAGGGAGAGAACGGCAAUCUUCAAAAGGAUGCCCGCGGUAUGUAA